AUGACACCUCAGCAGCAGGACCACCUAAGAGCCGAGGGCCAGGUCAACUUCAAUGCCCAAGACGACGACACGAACGAAAUCUCCUCCAUGAAGCUCAAGUGGCGCGGGAGCUACUACAACCUCAUAGGCAAGUGGGGCAAGAUCGUCCGCACCAAGGGUCUCGAGGUCGGGCAGGAAAUCAAACUCGGGUGGUUUAACGGCUGUUUACAUUUUUCAGUCCCUCAGCAGCAGAUUGUCGCGGUCCCACCCAUGAGACUGGCCGCUCCUCCUCUGGUGGUGCACGACCACUGGCCGAUCAGAAAAGUGCUGACGUCAUCCGAUGUCGACCCGAACCACCCGUUCCUCCCUUUACCCCGUAAAUCGGUGGAGGACCACGUGCUGGCCCACUGGCCCCCGCACGAGAGGGAGCGGCUGAGGAAAGAAGAGCAAGUGUCGGUUGACGCACGGGACUACGACACUGGGGAUGCCCACGGGAUGAAACUCAAGUGGCGGGGCAAUUAUUACAACCUCAUUGGGAAAUGGGGGAAUAUUAUCAGGCAGAGAGGGCUGGGCGUGGGCCAAGAAAUCAGGCUACGGUGGGCCAACAACUGCCUUUACUUCUCGGUACCAGAUGACCGGUACAUGGCGGCAGGGCCCAAUAACUGGCCCAUCAAGAAAGCACUCACGCUGUCGGAUGUGGACACGAACCACCCGUUCCUGACGCUGCCAGGGAAGGCGGUGGAGGAUCAUAUCCUAUCCUAUUGGACCCACCAGGCUCAGGAGCAGCUGAGGCACGAGCACCAGGUGGGGGUGAACGCGCGGGAUGACGACACAGGGGAUUCUUACGUGAUGAAGCUGAAGUGGCGCGGGAGUUAUUACAAUCUGAUUGGUAAAUGGGGUAAGAUAAUUAGGGAGAAGAGGCUGCACGUGGGGAUGGAGAUUAGGGUGAGGUGGGACAACGGGUGCUUGAUCUUCUCGGUGCCUCAGUGA